CGAGGCCCAGUUGGGCCUCCUGAGCCUGGGGCUGGGCAGAACUGGGCCUGCGGGGCCCUGGGGCCGGAUCGAGCCGAGCCGGGCCGGGCGGGGCGCGCCUCGGAAAGCUCUUGGCAGCAGCCGCGGUGCUAAUCCGGCGCUUGGGGCUGAGCGCGUUCAAGAUGCCGUGGCGUAGUUCCCCUGUGCUUUUAGAGGUGGCGUUGAGAGAAGGACCUGGUCAGGCUUAGCUUCUCCUAAUACUUAAGAAGACAAGCUGCUCUCAUGUCUCUCUUUACAAGUGAAGAUGAAGCUCAGUUACAAUCUAUGCUUAGACAGUUGCUACAGAGUGUGAAGGAAAAAAUCACUGGAGCCCCAUCAGUAGAGUGUGCAGAAGAGAUUCUCUUGCACUUGGAGGAAACAGAUGAGAAUUUUCACAACUAUGAGUUUGUGAAAUACCUUAGGAAAUGUAUAAAUAGCACUGUGGGAUCUGUGAUUGAAGAAGAAACAGAAAAAUGUAUUUCUGCUCAAAGUCAGGGUGAAGUAUCUGGCUAUGACACACUUGUCCAACAUGUUACUAAGAAGACACGUGAAUCAAAAGAAUACAGAGAAAUGAUGCAUGCCUUGAAGAAUGUCAUGAUGGUUGUGGUAGAAUCUUUGAUUAACAAGUUUGAAGAAGAUCGGAUGCAUAAUAAGGAGCUGGAUAGUAAAACAAAGAGCGAACAUCGGAGUUGCUAUUACACAGACAACUGUUCCGACAGUGACUCCUCGUUCAAUCAAAGUUAUACAUUCUUGAGUCAAGAACAAUUGCAGCUGCUUGUAGAAAGGCUUGACCUUACUCAGCCUAUGGAAGUUCGCCAAGAAGCAUUGCAGACACUGUGCUUUGCCCCUCCCUCUGAUAUACUGAACUCUGAGACUUGGCCAAAUCUGCGUAAGCAUCUGACAAUGUGUCUGUCAGAUCCUGAUGAUGCAUUCAGUGAGAAAAUUCUUAGGUUCUAUGCAAAAGCCUUUUCUUCUUCUCCAUUUAAUAUGACAAGAGAUGUGUAUACAAGUUUAGCAAAGCACUUGGAGUUAUAUUUUCUUUCUGGAGAUUAUUCUCUCCGUAUUUCAGCUGGUCUGGAUUUAUCUAACCCAGUUAUAGAUCGUUUACUUAGAAAGGUCCGCCUUUUAAAUGAGUACCAAAAGGAAGCUCCAUCUUCCUGGAUUCGGUAUCCAGAAAAGUACAUGGAAGAAGUAGUAGAUACUACCUUCUCGCUUUUUUCAGUAGUCCACGAGCUUACUCAUCCUGCCUCUCCAGAUUUUUUAAGUCCAGUCUACUUCUUGGCCUUGCUAGAUAUCAAAGCAGUGUGGUUUAAAAAGUGGACGCAUGCGUAUUACAGCAGAGCAGUGGUACUUAGGCUUUUGGAAAAGAAAUAUAAAUCUUUGAUUAGUGCAGCUGUCCAGCAAUGUGUUGAUUAUUUUGAAUCUUGCAAGGCACGAGUUAAUAAAAAUUGCGGUGUGAGUGACUUCUCCCAUCAGUAUUGUAGUGAUGAGCAGAACUUUUCUUAUACUGGACAAGAAUUGCAGUAUGUCUAUUUUGUUCAUUCACUGUGCCUUUUAGGAAGAUUGUUGAUCUAUAAGCAAGGUCAAAAUCUCUUUCCAGUACAGCUGAAAAAUAAAAAAGAUCGUGUAUCCAUAACUGAUCUGUUGGUAUUGUUUACUCAGCUUAUUUAUUACUCUCCAAGUUACCCGAAGACAGCUUUGGCAGGGCAUACAGACAAUUAUUCUCCAGCAAGUCUUGUUAUGGAGAUUCUGCAAGUUUUUUGUGAUCAGACAGGAUGUGCUGCUGAAUGUUUAUAUACAGGUGCAGUGAUAGAUGCCCUGCUUCAUCCUGUUCAAAGCAUACUGGGUGGCACAGAGGUGUGUUUGAAUUGUCUUGAAACCACUUUAAUUGAUGUAGCUGAUAUUUUGGCAAGGAUUGCUGCUGUAGAUGAUGGUCUUUCUUUCCUUCUUCAUGGAGAAAAUAAAAAAACUUCCAAAGAAGAUGGUCCUACAGCUGUUCAUGUAAUUGUUCAGUUUACAAAGAAACUUCUUCAUGACGACAUUUCUCUUUUGUCUGGAUCCGAGCUUUUGCCAGUUGUUAAAGGAGCUUUCAUUUUUGUAUGCCGUCAGAUGUACAGAACGUGUGAAGGUCUGCAGGUGCUAAUUCCUUAUGGCUUGCAUGAAUCUAUGGCAGAGGCCUGGAAAAAGAUGAGUUUGCUCUCAGAAAGAGUACCAACUCCUGUAACUGGUGUGGACUCAAUUUCAUCAAUAAGUCUAGAGUCAAAAAACAGUUUGUUAUGGGAAGAGACUUUGUUAGAUGCCUUGCUAAAUUUUUCUGCCACACCCAGAGGACUGUUUCUGCUUCAUAGUACAGGUGCCAUGAAUGACUGUGUCAGCUUUAUAGUCAGCAGUUUAUCAAAGAAGCUCCAGGCAAAUGAAUAUGAAGAGUUUGGUAAUAAAGUGAUUAUUACACAAAUGGCAACAACACCAUCAGGUGCAGUAGCUCUGCAAAGUUCAGGCUUUAUAAAGGCACUUGUAACUGAAUUAUGGGCUCUUCUGGAGUGUGGAAAAGAUGAUUUAAGGAUAACCCAACCCAAAUCUACUCCCAUUGACCCUAUUGACCAAAGCUGUCAGAAGUCUUUUCUGUCUCUGAUAAACUUGCUUACAUAUCCUGCAGUUUUUGAGCUCCUGAGUAAACAAGAUAUACCAAAUAAGCCUUUGUAUUCAUUCCGUGAAGUACCUACAGAUAUUAUUGAUAUCAUUGACAGGCUUGUAAUUUUGAACUCAGAAGCUAAAAUUCAUUCCUUAUUCAGUUAUGAGCAAUCACAUAUCUUUGGGCUGAGAUUGUUAAAUGUGCUGUGCUGUGAGCUCAAUACCCUUUUACUCUUGGAGAGUCAGUAUAAAGUGUCACAAGUUUUACUAACAGCUCAGGAGGAAAAUGUCAUAGAACCUUCAGAAGGACCAGGGGAUUUUAUAAUCGAUGCUCUAUCAGUGGAAAGAAAUCAUAUUCUUGUAAGGAUAAACCUGAUUGGAGGACCACGGGAAAGGAUUUUGCCUUUGAGAGUACUAGAUAAGGGCAGUAAUUCAUAUCCUUGGCCAAUGUUUUCAUCGCUCCCUUUGCCAAAAUGCUAUCUUGCAGAAAUCCCUAGGAAAGGUGAAUUCAGACAAGAUAAAGAUCUUGACAAGCUUUUAUCACUCUUAAAAAGUCCAGAGAAGCAGAGUGGGUGGGCAGAAAUUUGCAGAAAACAGUUCUACAAAGUCAUGAAAGCGAGACCAGAUAUCAUCAGUGGAACAAUUUUGGCCGAGUUAAUUGAGAAGUUUGUGUCACAUCUGUCUGCAAGCCAAUUGGAUUGUUAUUUCAGCACGGGAAAUGAUAAAGCCAUGGAUGGAGAUGUGAAGAAUGAAAGCCUUUCAUCUGUGCAGCAGCUUGGUGUUGAAAUGACAGUCAGAUAUGGAAAAUAUCUAAACUUGCUGAAGGAACAUGCUGAAAAUGGGUUGUGCUUCGUGUUAACAAACUGCAAAAAGUUUUUGAAACAAGAGCAAAGAACUGUGGUAUCCUCACUUUGCUGCUUGCAGGAGCACUGUCCUGGCUAUGACUGGUUUGCAUCUUCUAUCUUCCUCAUCAUGUCAGGGGAUGGGGAGAAGACACUGAUGUUUCUUAAACAAUUUUCACGUCUUCUUGUUUCAGCAUUUCUGUGGCUACCAAGACUGCAUAUAUCUAUGCACCUACCUGCUACCACAGUGGAAUCUGGCAUCCAUCCAGUCUAUUUCUGCAGCACUCACUACAUUGAAAUGUUGCUGAAAGCUAAGUUGCCACUUGUCUUUGCAGCCUUCCAAAGGUCUGGUUUUACUCCAUCCCAGAUUUGUCUGCAAUGGAUAACUCAGUGUUUCUGGAAUUACAUGGACUGGAGGGAGAUCUGUCACUACAUUGCUACAUGUAUCUUGCUUGGUCCCGAUUAUCAAAUAUAUAUGUGUAUUUCUGUGUUCAAACACCUACAGCAAGACAUCCUGAAGCACACUGAAGCCCAAGAUCUCCAGGUUUUCCUUAAAGAAGAUCCACUCCAUGGAUUUCGAGUGAGUGAUUAUUUAGAGUACAUGGAAAGCUUGGAGGCAAUCUACAGACCUAUGCUGCUGGAAGACAUGAGGAACAUAAGAGUGCAGAAUACAUAGAUGAAACAAACAGGCACUUCAUUUUCCUGGUUUGGUUACAUCCUUUAAAGGGAUGCUGAUUGAUUGAUAUAUCAGUUUCAUCUAAAAUAAGUAGCCUAAAAUAAGGCUGUGUGAAUAUACAUGCUGUAAAAUAAAUAAAUAAAUAAGGAGGGGUUUCAGAAUAUAGAUUUUGCAAAAGGACUUAAUCUACGUUUAAGCACCUUAAGUAACACAUUUUCCCAGAAAAAGUGUAUACACAGCCUCAUUUUCAGUUAGCAGAAGGCAGCUUCAAAACCCACCUGUAGGAUGCUGAAGUGUCUUCCUUAAAAAGUCCUGGGCCUGUUCCCAGGUUUCUGCAUUGUCACCUCCUUGUAGCAUGGUCCUAAAACCUUCAUAUUUUGCUAAGGUCUGACAAAGUGUUUUUUCUGAGAAACAAUGCUAGUGUGUAUUCCUGUGCAUGAAAAGUCAACAAAUGAAAAACAAAUUCCCUGUACACAACUGUUCUGACUUUGUGGGUAAAGGUGAGAAAAUGGGGAGCUCAAAUGCAUGCAAUAAAAAAAGACUGAUAUUCCUGUCUUUUUUAAAAAUAAAGUCAUAGAAUCUGUGAUUCUAAAAAAUAAAUCAUUUUACAUCAUAAAACAUUUAUCUGUAACAUACACACUUUGGCUGCAUAAGUAAAUGAGAAGUCCUGAGGAGCUUGUUUUUCAUACCUCUGGAAAAUGAUAACUUUAAAUAUUCUGGUUUCAUUCAGACAGGAAAACUAAUCAGAAGCUUCAUUUGUGCUUGCCUUUCAUUAUAAAUGAAAAGCAAGAAUUAAGGCUGUUCGUUAGGUGUUUUCUAACACCAGUGCAGUGUAGGUAAAAUUACAACGUUACUGAAGUUGAUUGAUUGACAUUCCCAGUUUCAGAGGAAACAUGGUUUUCUUGGGGACUGCUGCAUCCCAUUCACUGUAAGGAUAGGUUUCCAGUAAUGAUCAGUGGGCAGCUGAGGAAACAUUCUAGUAGUUUUAUUUUCCGUGUUAUAUCAGUCAUUGUUAAAUAUUAACAAUUCAGUAUAUAUUUGUGCACCAAUUAAUAGUUCUUUUUUGAAUCCAAAUUUCAAAGCACUGGACAUGAUGUUGAGUCGGUAAUACUUAGAUGACAACAUAUUCUUUGAAAAACAAAACAAAACAAAACCCAAAACAAAAAAUAUUUCAAAACCUCAGACUUAGGUGAAAGUUGACUUACUGGAAGAAAGAAAUGGCUUUAGUGGAGAUUUUGCUUUAGAAGACUUCAUCUCUAGACACACACACAUACACACACACAUGCACUUUAUUAGUGCAUUGUUUCAAACUGUGUUCUUUGAAAAAAAAUAAUUAAAAACUCAGACUUAACUCAACUGCCCUUUCACCUAGCCCAGCCUUCAACAAGACUUACCGAGCACCUGUAUUUACUAUGUCUUCCCACAAAACUUUCAUUUAAGGUCUUAAGAUCCUGUGUUGGAACACAGUGUCACUCACUAAUGGCACGUUCAGUGAUGGCAUCUAAAUAGGCUUUGCAGGAAACAGCAAAUACCUGAUUACUUUGAGAGUAUAAGAGAUUCCCUAGUGUCAUCAGUAUCGAGUUCCUAAACAGCUUAUUGAAAACAAGAUUAAUUUUGGACAGUAGACGUGUUCUCUUCCUAAUAUACUCUUUUUCCCUAAGUAAAUUUGCAUUAAUAAUUCUGAAGUCUCUUUAAACUCGUGCUUCAUCCUUUAGCCACCCAGAGCUUCAGACAAAUACUGAAUGUAUCUUUUUAUAAGGAGAUCUAUCCUUUCUUAGGAUUUCAGUUUUGUCUCAGCCAAAAUAAUAGUUGCACUACUUCAGUUUAAAGUGAUAUGCCCUAUCCCUGCAAUUUUGUUCAAAGAGAUUUUCAGUCUUGGUAAUUAUUUUGCAUAGAAGUUUGGUAAAUUGCCCUGUACCUUGCAAUACCAGACCCUUAGUACUUUGAUGUUUCCAGUGACAUCGAUGCUUUAUCAAAUGAAACAAGAUCUAGCUUCUCUAGCAAAAACUUGCUGUGUUCUUACAAGAAGUCUUUACACUGAGAUGUUAAGGAGCUGGCAUAAUUGGUCAGAUCCCUGCUGUAGCUAAUUUCAUAACUAAGCAUUAUAAAUUCCCCAAAUGCAUCCAAGUUAUCUAGGCAACAUUACCACAUAAUGCUACAUAGUGAAAGUUAAAUAGUUCUUUAUUUGAUUAAAGAAGUAGAGAAAAUAUUAUGCUUUAUGAACAGCUGCAGUAGCACUUGCUUUACAGAAUGUCUGGAAUCUCAAAGUAUUUUGAUGAGAAUUUGUGAUACAAUAAACAUUUUAGGAGUCCAACAAAACCCACAUGUGUCGAAUUUAGACUUACCCAAUAUUAUUGCCACAUCCCUGGGAGACAAACUAAACAUUACUGCAAAGUUCUUGAAAAACAACUUCACUAGCUAAAAUGAAUGUGUGAGCACAUACGCAAAUUCAAAUUAUAAAAUACAUUAGAAGCUGCAGUGAAUUUCCGUAAUUAUAUGUAACCAACCUAAGAAUGAACACUGACAAAGGGUUUGCCACUAAUUUAUGUUUUCCUGACUGUGCAUUUCAUAAGUUCAUGGGUUUAGCUUUUUUGCCUGUCUAUAAAAAAAUAAAAGUCUUAAAUAUUUUUUGA